AUGAUUAGAAAGUGCCAAAAUAUCAAACGGGGAAAAAUAAUAAGAAACCAAGUAAUCUAUAAAAGUAAGAUAAGAAAAAAGGCCUUCAAAAUCUGCUUAGAAAGAAAAAUUCAAAAAACUGUAAUCUUCAAUAAUCGUUGGAAAAAUAAUCAAGAAAAAGUCCUUUCGUUAUUAGAAAGAGCCUACUAUGAAAAAAGAAAGAGGACUGGAAUCUACACAUUGAUUCUUUUUUUCGCAAUUUUUUUUGAACCGUAUGCCUCAAAAGGUGCAUGUACGGUUUUUAAGGGAUACAAUUUUACCCUAAUCAACCGACUUUAUCGAGAAAGAUUACUUUUUUUAGGUCAAGGGGUUGAUAGCGAGAUCUCGAAUCAACUUAUUGGUCUUAUGGUAUAUCUCAGUAUCGAAGAUGAUACCAAAGAUCUGUAUUUGUUUAUAAACUCUCCUGGUGGAUGGGUAAUACCUGGAGUAGCCAUUUAUGAUACUAUGCAAUUUGUGCAACCAGAUGUACAUACAAUAUGCAUGGGAUUAGCUGCUUCAAUGGGAUCUUUUCUCCUGGUUGGAGGAGAAAUUACCAAACGUCUAGCAUUCCCUCACGCUUGGGUAAUGAUUCAUCAACCUGCUAGUUCUUUUUAUGAAGCACAAACGGGCGAAUUUAUCCUGGAAGCGGAAGAACUGCUAAAACUGCGUGAAACCCUCACAAGGGUUUAUGUACAAAGAACGGGCAAACCUUUAUGGGUUGUAUCCGAAGACAUGGAAAGAGAUGUUUUUAUGUCAGCAACAGAAGCCCAAGCUUAUGGAAUUGUUGAUCUUGUAGCAGUUCAAUGAAAAUAGCAUGGAUAUGGAUUUCGCGAAACGCAAAUCCGUGAUUUGAGAUUUUAUCUUCUUACCGAGUUUAAUAUUCUAUUAAAUAGAAGUAAUUCAUAAUCAUUCGGUUAGGAUCGAUCUAAACCAGCCCAUUAUGUAUACGAUUCAACAUGCCAACUAUUAAACAACUUAUUAGAAAUACAAGACAGCCAAUCAGAAAUGUCACGAAAUCCCCCGCUCUUGGGGGAUGCCCUCAGCGUCGAGGAACAUGUACUAGGGUGUAUGUGCGACUCGUUCAGAUCAUGGGCUGGGACAAAACAAAAGAAAGAAAACAAUUUUUCCAGUAUCAAUGAUCAGUACCGAGGAAUAGGAUAAAAUGGAAGAACUCCAUUUACUAUCUAAAGAUAAGAAAAUCUAUCAUAUCCCUCUAUUGUGUAUGAAAUUUAUGGUUUCCAUUGGUGAAAAUCCAAUCACCUCAAUUUAAGAUGAGAAAAAAUUCCCCAUUGGUAUCAAAUGGUUAUCUAUUAAGCGGGGAAAAUCCUAUUUAAAAAAACAGAAAGAUUAGACUCUCACUCUUGCAAGAACGGACUAAGAGGGUCAGCUACCCAGCUAACCUUCCUAAUUAAAUACCGUUACUGUCUAGGUAGAUCUCGUUGUGAAAGACCUAUUACUGGAUAAUUCAUGGGUAGAGCCAAAGAGUGUGAACUGUACAAGUUACCAAUAAGGUUGAUUAAAUGAAGUAAGAGGCUCCGGUGUAUAGAGAAGACCUGACCGUUUAAGAAGUAACCAUAGAAACGAUGGAACCCACUAUUUCUUUUACUUUUUUAUUUAUAUUUUAUUUAUAUAUUUUUGAUACCUAGUAAAAUACAAUUUCUUUUUUUUAGGCAUUUUAUCUCGAAAAAAGAAAAAAAUCGUGGUCGGGAAGGUUAUAGUAGCCAAAGCCAUUGGAAUUUUGAUUUUAUACAUUGGAAAAAUCCGUUUUGUUAUUAAUAGACUAAGAAGGGGAAAAGAAUAACUGAAAGAAAGGAAAUCAAUUAGUUAUUCGUCAAAGUUUCAUUUAUUCAAUGACCAGAAUUAGACGGGGAUAUAUAGCUCGGAGACGUAGAACAAAAAUUCGUUUAUUUGCAUCAAGCUUUCGAGGGGCUCAUUCAAGACUUACUCGAACUAUUACUCAACAGAAAAUAAGAGCUUUGGUUUCGGCUCAUCGGGAUAGAGAUAGGCAAAAGAGAAAUUUUCGUCGUUUAUGGAUCACUCGUAUAAACGCAGUAAUUCGCGAAAAGGGGGUAUCCUAUAGUUAUAGUAGAUUAAUGCACGAUCUGUACAAGAGACGAGUGCUUCUUAAUCGUAAAAUACUUGCGCAAAUAGCUAUAUUAAAUAUAAAUUGUCUUUAUAUAAUUUCCAACGAGAUCAUAAAAUAAGUAGAUUGUAAGAAAUUUACCGGAAUAAUUUAAACGGAGUUCCCCGGAGAAUGAACUCCGGGAAGGUAGAGUAGAAAUUAAUAUGAUUAUGAUAAAGUAGUCAAAAUGAAUGAACGCGUUCAAUAAAAAAAAAA